AUGGCACCUAUGUCGUUACCGGAAAGUGUUGAAGGCGACGAUGUCGAUGUUGGUGUGGCCAUCAAAGUGACCGUCGAAGCUGCUGGUCCCAACAAUGACGUUGACGAAGAUGUUGGCAAAGAUGUAGGUGAGGAUACUGGGCUUGAAGCCGAAUCUGAUGCCACUGCUGUUGUUUGGGUCCUUCCGCUUGAAGAAGUAUCACCUACAAGCAAAGAAAUUCCAGUGAACGGGGCCGAGACGGUGGUCAAGAUUGCUAAAAAGCAGCGAGAGGGGUGUAUAUUAGCGUGCUAA